AUGGCAGCCGCACCCUCCUCCAACCCCAACGCCAAGCGUGUGGUCGAGUCGGCCAAAGUCUGGACAACCCUCAUAACAAAUACUGCCUACCUACCCGGCCUCCUCACCCUCGAAGCCUCCCUUCGCCAUGUCGGAUCCAAAUACCCUCUCAUCGCAUUGUACACCGACUCCUUCCCUGCCGACGGCCAUGCGGCUCUCGACAGAAGAGGGAUAGCGAAGAAGAGAGUCGAGUACCUUCUUCCGAAAGUAGAGAAGAGUUUCGAGAAUGAUCCACGAUUCUACGACUGCUGGAGUAAACUUACACCUUUCUCCCUGACCGAGUAUGAGAGGGUGGUGCAGCUGGACAGCGAUAUGCUUGUUCUAAAAAACAUGGACGAACUCAUGGACAUGCCACUAGAUGGGCCCGAGAAAGAAGGCAAAGGCGAUAGAGUGUUUGCAGCCAGUCACGCAUGCGUCUGUAAUCCGUUGCGAAAACCUCACUAUCCAAAAGAUUGGAUCCCCGAGAACUGCGCUUUUACAUCUCAACACGGAACGCCUGAUAAAGCGCAAAAAGAAGGCGCACCACCAACAGCCGGCCUCGCAAUGCCAAACGGCGGCCUCCAGGUCGUCGUCCCGAGCACAGCCGUCUAUAAUCUAAUCCUCACCUCCCUCUCCGGCGCCAACACCUCCUCCUUCGACUUCGCCGACCAAAGUAUCCUCUCCGAUCUCUUCCCAGGCCGAUGGGUAGCACUCCCGUAUGUCUACAACGCACUCAAAACCCUGCGCUGGAAGGACGUGCAUCAUCAGAUUUGGCGGGAUGGGGAGGUGAAGAAUAUGCAUUAUUUGCUUGCGCCGAAGCCGUGGGAUGAAGACGAGGAGUUUAAGAAGAAGGAGUGGGAUGGGGAGAAGAGGACUGGGAGAGAUCCGGCGAAUGAGUGGUGGUGGGAGAGUAGUCGGAGGAGGUGGGCAGAGGAGAAGAAGAACGGGGUGGAUGACGGGUUUUGA